AUGUGCAUGCGUCUGUCUGAGACGCACCUACCACCUGUCGAGGUUACCGUUCGACUAUCCUGCUUCGUGUGUAAGCCAGGAAUGCAAGCGGUACGCAAUCCACCUAUUCCUGUCCACCUGGAGAAGGCUGGUGAAGAAAUGAUGAUGAAGGCCUUCAAGCGACUAUUGGAGUUGCUGGGUCAGACAUGCAGUGCUUCUCAUCCUGCUGGCGACGACAUCCUCACGUCAGGUAUGAAGGAUGUCCAUGACACUAUCCGCCAAGGCGUGCUCUGUACGCCGUCUCUCUACGUCGCGGAUCAUGAUCGACUAAUCACUCAAGCAGUCGUGCAUGUUGUCUGCUGUCGUCGACAGCGAUGA